AGAAGAAGAAGAAGAACCGCUUUCUGCGCAGACUUUUGCGCACGUUAUUCACAACACUGUGAAAGCGUGCUGUCACAGCUUUCCUUUUUCAUAAUUGCUUGAAUUUCAGUGUACUGUAAUCUAAAAUGCCACCAAAGGGAAAAGGUGGCAAGGGUGGUAAAGGAGCCGCUUCAGGAAGUGGAGACGCUGACAAGAAAGAAAAGGCACCGAAGGGAGGCACUGCUGUUAAGGUUCGACAUAUCCUCUGUGAGAAACAUGGAAAAUGCAUGGAGGCAAUGGAGAAACUGAAGGCUGGAGUCCGUUUCAGCGAAGUAGCCUCACAAUACAGUGAAGACAAAGCUAGACAAGGAGGUGAUCUGGGGUGGAUGACCCGAGGGUCGAUGGUUGGACCUUUUCAAGAUGCAGCAUUUGCCUUGCCUGUCAGUUCCAUGGAUAAACCUGUCUACACAGACCCUCCCGUCAAGACCAAAUUUGGGUACCAUAUCAUUAUGGUGGAGGGGAAAAAGUGAUGAGGGUGGGCUCAACACUU